UUUUACCUGACAUCGCCUUCUGCGGUAUAGACACAAUUCAUCGUUUCCCGUGUGACGUAUGACUGAGAGUUUUACAUAAAGUCGAGAAAUCACAGCACGAAUUUCUCAAAAACCACAUUGAGCGCGUGAAAGCAAUGGCAGGGACACAAAUGGUUUUACUAUGCUUCGUUUUAAUGGCGAGUUGGAUUAACAGAACACUUAUGUCUCCUGUUGCGGAACAACAUACUGCAGCUUUUGAUGAGAUAGCCAGAGUCAACGAGCAAUAUGCAAAGUACCACAACGGUCGCCUGUGGCAAGUGGAUAUGAAGAUCCCAAGAAGAAAUGUAGGAGUGCCAGGAGUUGGACAGUCUGCUCCCAUUCGAGACAGAAAUAGUCUUUGGCCAGGAGGAAUUAUACCGUACACCGUCGCGUACAGUAUUCCUGAAAGCAGCAAAAUUCGUGGGCUGCUAAAGGAUGCGAUCGCAGAAUGGGAGAAACACACUUGUAUUAAAUUUGUAGAAAGAGUAAAUCAAUCAGAUUAUGUGGAGUUUUAUUACGGCGAAGGGUGUAAUUCUGAUGUUGGCCGAGCAGGCGGUAGACAGACCACGUCCCUGGGUCGAGGUUGCGCGCAUCAUGGGAUUGUAGUCCAUGAACUAGGACAUUUGAUUGGUUUUUGGCACGAACAAAACAGACCUGACCGUGAUGACUACAUUACGAUCAAAGAGGAAAACAUUAUACCUAAGUUCAGGUUUGCGUUUGACAAGUACAGUAAUCGAAAGAUAGACAGCUUAGGCGUGCAAUAUGACUACGUGUCUGUCAUGCACUACGGCGAAAAAGCUUUCUCUAGGAACGGUCAACCGACUAUAGUGGCAAAGCAGCCGACCGUCAGGUCUUUUGGAAACACACAUUUGAGUGUUCUGGAUAUCAAACAGGCCAAUCUCCUAUACAAGUGUCCAGAUUACCCAGUCUUCCCGCAGGAUUUUGUUUGGAUGAACAAUGGACCCAUGAGAAGAAAUGUUAUUUGUCUUCGCAUUUUUCAUCCCAAGUCCAUUAGCUGGAGAGAUAACUAUCUCUGUUACCGAAAAGACAGGAAAUCUCUCUCACUCAGCUUCUGGCAUAAAGGACCUAUCAGAGGUAAAAAGUGCAUACAAAUUAACGUUCCAACCAAACCAAGCAGUGAGAGUUGGGAGCGAUCUCACCUGUGCUGGCCACAUGACGGAAUUUACAAAUUCAGAUGGUUGACACAGAGACCAAGUUAUGAACAGAGAGACAGUUGUUUGGAAUGGACCGAGCCGCGUGAUCCAACGUGGAAAGCCAAGACAUAUUAUCUCUGUGCUACUAAAGUUCAACAAGCAAUAGAUGGCAACUGGACGAGAUGGUAUCCCUGGAGUGCCUGUAGCCGGAGGUGUGGUGGAGGAAUUCAAGCUCGCUCUCGGUCCUGCACAAAUCCUCCACCAUCCUUCGGAGGCGCUUACUGUGAAGGCAAGUCUCUGGAACGAAGGCCGUGCAACUCGCACGAAUGCGCUGAAUGGCCCAGCUUCCCCGAAGACUUCAGCUUCGGCCCCAAAGUCCGGCCAGGUCCAAACGAGAUUUGCGCAAGGAUAUUCGAGAGACUUGAUUACUUUGCUUGGAAAAAUUACUUAUUUUGCACACCGGCCGACAAGAGGCAGUUAGAGUUGCGCUGGUAUGACAGAGUGCCGCUAAAUCGUGACAUGCCAUGCACGCUGAUCUACGUGCCCAGUGACACACGGAAGAAGGGCUUGUGGGAUGACAACCAUCUCUGUCUUCCACGAAAUUCUGGGUUUCCAUACAGGUUCGUGUGGUCAUACUCAGGUAGAAUUCCAAACUUACCGUGCAUGAGAUGGUAUGCAAAGAAUGGAAGGGACGGCUGGGACAAAACGUACUUGUGUGCCACAAAUGCUUCAAACCCUACCACACAGGGACACGAAGCAAUCAAUGGAGGGUGGUCAUCAUGGACUUCAUGGAACACCUGUGAUAAAACCUGCGGUGAUGGAAUCCAGCACAGAAUAAGACGCUGUGACAGCCCGAAACCACAGAAUGGAGGGCUGCCAUGCUAUGGCAACGAGCUGAACCAGAGGAAAUGUAACGUGAAGAAAUGUCCUGUUUCUUGUGGCAGAAUAUUUGAAGCGUCUAGUGGUAGAUUCACUUCUCCCAACUUUCCAAAGCGUUAUCCUAACAGACUGAACUGCGAGUGGAUCAUCCGAGUUCGUCACGGACAAAGAAUUGCCCUUACGUUCACAUACAUAAAUAUUGAAGGGUCCUCUCCACUUUGCAGCCAUGAUUUCGUGGCAGUCUAUGACGGUCAAACGGACUCUUCCCGUCGUAUCGGCAAGUUCUGUGGCACGUUUAUCCCUCCUGUUCUUCAGUCAAGCUCAAACAUCCUGCUCGUUAAGUUUCACUCGGAUUUCCAAAGAGGCUAUUCUGGGUUCAUUGCUAGAUGGGAAUCGAGGGCCGUGGUAGCCAAGCCAACCAACCGUACCUCAGCGUGCGGACGGCAGAUUACCGAACCGAAUGGGACACUGUCCAGUCCCGGGUAUCCAAACAAUUAUCCUUCCAACGCCGACUGUAUCUGGGUGAUAACUGCUCCGAGCGGCCAUUACAUUGAGCUCACGUUUAAGCUGUUCGACAUAUACAAGGAACGUAGAGGUUGCCGUUACGAUUACGUUGAAAUAAGAGAUGGUAACUCCAGGGAUUCACCAUCUUUAGGAAGGCACUGCGGAAGGACAGUUGACGACAAGUUCCAAACCGUGUCCAAUCACGCUCGCAUCCGUCUUCACACAGACGGCUCUCUGGAGAGGCAGGGAUUUGUGCUGACAUGGAGGAGUGUACCACGUGCCACACAGGAACCACCCACAAAACCCAUUUGUCCCCGUGGGUGGGUGUCUCAUGUGAUGGAAGACACCGACACAGUGUACUGCUACCUCGUGAGAACGAAUAUGCGCACGUGGUACUUGGCAAGAGAUGACUGCUUGAACUCUGACUCGGAUCUGUUGAGUAUCACCAGCGCCACUGAACAGGAGUUUGUUACCAAACACCUACUGGCAGAGUCAUUCAUGUGGAUUGGGUUCAAUGAUUUGGAAAAUGAAGGCAAAUGGGCCUGGAGUGACAGAACUCCUCAAAAUUAUAAGAACUGGGCAAGAGGCGACCCUAACAAUGGAGGCACGUACAGGAAGAAAGACGAGGACUGCGCUGUGCUGAAAUCAGAUGGAAAAUGGAACGAUUAUCCUUGUAAUACACUCUUUAAGUACAUCUGCAAAGCAAGAGCAAGUCGCCUAUCAGUUGAAGGGUAUCACAUCUCCAGGGCAGAUAACGAAUAAGACGUAGCCAAUAGUCUAUUUGAACAAUAAAACACACACUUCUGGUUCAGAGGCUUCAAAAAACCAUGCAGAGUAUUGAGAGAAUACAAGAAUUGUUUGUCAAGGUUCCCUUCAAAGUACCGAGUGGGUUAUUGGGCCGAUCGACCAUAGAAAUGUGUAGCAAGUUGCUUUCAUGGACCACUGAGUUAGAAUUUCCAUUACUGGACCAAUAGUCAGUAGCUACGGACCGAUGGGAGUAGCACAGCCAGUUCAGUUAUUGUAUUAUAUCAUUCUAACCUGUAAAAAUAUUGUUAGAAUGUUGUUUCGGUUCCCGUGAAAUAUAUAAAUAUAUAUCAAACAGACUGUUGUAUUAAAUAUCACCAUUUAACAUCAGCAGCGAUCAACUUAUAAGUUCUCUUCAUGGAAUAACGAUCGACACUUUUAGAGAAUACAGGACUUGAUCACGCAAGAGACAAAUCCUACCUAACAGAAUUACAAGAAAUGCUUUUACAUGACAAGGAGAAAUGCGACACUGAUCAUAUGACGUUUUUUGUUUACCUUGGCCUUUCUCCAAUAGACGGAUUCGGCUAACGUGUUGCCACCCAAUUCAGAUCAUGAGAUGAUUUAUUUGGGAUGUUACAAUUGUUCUGUUUGUACAUACUCCCACGCAAUCAGUUGUGUGUCGCAAAUUGAAAAACUGCAACCUCUCAAAUGAAACAUCACGUGGUCUGAAUUGGGUGGCAGCGAGGAGGUUAACACUUUAGACCGGUCUAUAGAUCUUGUUCAACCAACUGUAAUGUUAGGUUCGGACGCAGAAAAAGUGUAUUAUUUAGUAGAUCGAGUGGAUCCCUUUGCUCAUCCAGUUUACAAAGAGAUUUUGUAACAGUUGUUUUUCCUGUCAGUAAGUUGUAUAACUAUAGUGUAGUUUUCUAGGGUGUGCGAAUAUAAGGAACAAAAUAAAUAUUUAUCAGGCGUAUUUUAAUAUAAAUAUAUCCCUCUUUUGCAAUCUGAUGACUCAUUGCAAUGCUGUGUGAAAGGGACUGUGUUACGAUAAUGCGCAUGAACUACUUUGAUUGACACUAACUGAAAAAUCCACUGUAAGGUUUUUGACCAAAAUAAACUGUACCGCUCAGUACAA